AUGUUUUUCGGGAAGCGGCCGGAGCAGGCGGAGGCUGCGGGCUCCCUCCCGCUGACUCAGAGCCGGUCACAGCCCAACUGCCUGAGCCAGGGGAGGGGACACCCCGGGGUCCGGGUGCCCACCCCUGUCUCCAGGGAGCCCCAAUCCUCUCCCGGCCCCGUCCCUGUGCCAGGGCCCUACUGCAGGAACGCCGGCCCCGCCGCCCCGCUCCUGGUGACAAACUCCAGCGCCGUGACCGUCCUGUUCAACAGCACCAGCCACCGCUCGGGACGAGGCCUCCUCCUGUCCUAUGCCACCUCGCAGCACCCAGACCUGGUCUCCUGCCUGGUUCGGGGCACCCACUACACCCAGGAGCACGUCAGCGUGUACUGUCCCGCGGGCUGCAAGGACAUCGACGGGGACAUCUGGGGCAACCCCAGCCAGGGCUACCGGGAUACCUCGGUGCUGUGCAAGGCGGCCGUGCACGCUGGGGUGAUCGCGGAUGAUCUGGGGGGGCAGGUCACCCUGUCCCGCCAGAAGGGGAUCACGCUCUAUGAGUCGGCCUUCGCCAACGGGCUCCACUCCAAAAGGGGAUCCCUCUCUGAGAAGCGGCUCAUAUUCCACAAAGCCUGCGGCGAUGCGCUGGAGGUGGCCGCCUUCAACGCCUCAUCCUGGUGGCACGAGGUGGAUGCACUGGGCCAGGACCGAGCCUGGGUGGCCCAACGGGCAGCACUCGGCACCGCCGGCCACUCCUGGGCACCCGAACCCGGCUCCGAGGCUGCCUGGCUCGAGCUGGACCUGGGCACCCGCCGGAACGUCACAGGCAUCAUCACCAAGGGCUCCUCUGAGCAGUACGACUACUAUGUGACCUCCUACCGGGUCUCCUCCAGCCGCGACGGGAAGAACUGGAGACCCUACAGAGGCAGCGGUGGCCAGGAGGACAAGGUCUUUGAAGGCAACGCCGACAGCCACGGGGAGGUCUCCAACGCCUUCAUCCCCCCGAUCGUCGCCCGCUACGUCCGCGUCACGCCCCAGCGCUGGCACCAGCGCGUGGCCUUGAAG